AUGACGACCUUGACAAAAGACCUGAAGAAAAACGCCAGAAUCCUCGCCGUCUAUGUGAAAGAGAUCGCGUCAGCAAAGUCAGAGAGUCGAGGUAGGCAGCGGAAACUCACCGUUGGGCACGAUCCACGAAGCGUAGCAACGCGGCCGCAGAGCAUCGCCAACAUGUCCCACGCCAAGAAGGGCAUCAUCAGCACCAACGAGACGGACAGGGCCGUGUCUGUAGGUGGUAGAAGAGAAAACCAGUUAGUGCGCGUUCUCCUGGGACGUUGGAUGUUCUGCCGCUGCACGACGGGGAGGGGAAUUGCCUACCGAUAUGGCGCCUCGGCUUCCUCCUACAGCUCGAGGAUAAUCGCCUUAGACAGCAUUGGAAGUCCAUCAGAAAGCUCUCUCGAGUGCUCCGGCACAUCCACCGCCAUCUCCGCGAUGGCAAGACUCCCGGCGCCCACGCACAAGACCUACCAACAAGCUGUCGAAACUGCGAUUCUGGCGAUCCCUUGA